AUGUCCUCCACGUUGACCGAAGAGCGCAUUGAGCUCACUGAGCUUGCCAGUACAGACAGGAUCUCGCUCACAGCGCGCCGAACGGACACCAUUCAGCCGCCAGAUGAAGUUCCAGAAGACGCAGAAAACAUCACCACCGCGAUCCCUGAUGGCGGUCACGGCUGGGUCGUCAUAUUCUGUUGCUCUGUCACUGCAUUCUGGAGCAACGGGGUCAUCAACUGUUGGGGGGUCCUCCAAGCGGCACUCCUCGAUUCCUCCCUACGCUCGGUCCCAACGGCUACAGUCUCGUGGGUUGGCUCAUUAGGCCUUGCACUCAGCGCUUUCCUUGGAAUCUUUGUGGUUCAGUUCAUGCGCUGGGCCGGGAGUCGACGCACUUCAAUAGCCGGCGUUUGUUUGAUGGGUGCAAGCCUCAUCAGUAGCGGUUUCUGUACCGGAGAAGUUGGGGCGCUCUUCGGAACGAUGGGCAUCCUCGCAGGUCUGGGGAUGAGCAUGGUAUAUACAGUGUCAAAUGGCUUGCCAGUGCAGUACUUCUCCGGACACCUGGGGCUCGCAAAUGGCAUCGUCAAGCUGGGUGGUGGUAUCGGUGGUUGUGUCCUCGCUAUUGCAAUCGAAGCAUUGUACCGUCGCGUGGGCAUCGCAUGGACGUUCCGAAUUCAAGGCCUCGUUACCCUUGCGACCGGCCUUCCAGCGGCAUGGAUGCAAAAAGAUCGUGUCCGAUUGCGCCGUGUUCCAUUGGUCGACUUCUCAAUGUUUCGAUCUGUUCCAUUUAUGACAGUUUUUAUUGCGGGCGCGAUUGGAUCGUUCUCACUUUUCGUCCCACCCUACUUCCUACCGUUGUUUGCCCAGAGCAUCAAUUUAAGCCCGAGCACUGGUGCCGGCCUGGUUGCCGCAUUCAACGGUUGCAAUGCCCUGGGGAGGUUCGCCGCAGGGCCCUUGUGCGAUAAGAUUGGGCCCGUCAACAUGUUCCUUAUAACGAGUGUAGUUAAUGGAGCGAGCAUGUUGGCUAUAUGGCCAGUCUCCAAUUCAAUUGGCCCACUUGCUGUCUUUGCCGCUCUCAAUGGUGCAGCGAACGGCUCAUUCUUCACAACUUUACCGACGGUUGUUGCGAGCAUGUUUGGUCCAGGUCGCGCUGCCGUGGCAAUGUCUAUGGCUGUCGCUGGAUGGAGUGGGGGCUAUUUGAUGGGAUCGCCCAUUGCGGGUUAUCUUCUACAGGCUGCAGGCGGUAAACAGCAGGGCGGCCAGGGCGUGGGCAUCGAAGUGUAUCGACCUGCCAUCUUCUACGCUGGCGGAGUGGCCACCGCUUCGUCUUUGUUCGUGUUGUUGGCGAGGUUUAAAAUGGCGAAGAAGUUGGUCGAAAAGGUCUGA